CCAACCUUGGGGGUAAGAUGUGCCCCAUGCAAGGGUCUGCCACCAAAGUCAUAACAUAGUGCAGGCAGGCCUAGGGACCCUGUGGCCAGGCCAAGAUCUUAUGACGAUCCCCCAAGGUACUCUGUCAAUCAGUUAGAAUAUAAUGACACCUCUUCCACGCAUGGAGUAGAAGGCAAUAUGUAUCUCAAAAACCAUGUCUUCGUUCGAUCCAACAAAUGUAAACUUAGACACUGCCAGUGUGGAGGAUAUCUACUGCUACUUGCAGCUGUCCGAAAAUGACUACAACGGGCACCUAGGGGCACGCAUAUCCGCGAUAUUUGUGAUCCUAAUAACAUCAUCAGCGUCUACAAUUUUUCCCGUGGUAUGCAAGAGAAUACCACGUUGGAAUAUCCCCUACCCUAUCUAUCUCUUCGCUCGAUACUUCGGUACGGGUGUUAUUGUCGCCACCGCAUUCAUCCACCUCUUGGAUCCAGCGUAUGAAAGUAUCGGCAGCACAACCUGCGUGGGCGUAUCAAAAAAUUGGGCGGAGUAUCCAUGGUGUCCCGCUAUUGUCCUCGCCUCUGUUAUGGUGGUAUUUCUGAUGGACCUUGCCUCCGAGAUAUACGUCGAACGCGUAUAUGGCGUGGAAAAAGAGCACGACGCGACCGACCGAUUCCUGGCCCAAGCAAACUUGAUCCAGAGCGACGAUGAGAGUACGGUAAACGACGAUACCGGGGGAUCCAAGCAGCCUGGGGCUCAAGAUGACCUUUGCUCCAUCGAAUCCGAGCGCUCAUUCCGCAAGGAUAUUGUUGCCUUUCUUAUUCUGGAAUUCGGCAUUAUCUUCCAUUCGGUAAUAAUCGGACUGAACUUGGGCGUGACUGGUGACGAAUUCAGCACUCUAUACCCCGUGUUGGUCUUCCAUCAAGCGUUUGAGGGCCUUGGGAUCGGCGCCCGGAUGUCUGCCCUGCGCUUUGGCCGGCAUUGGUGGCUACCGUGGGUUCUCUGCAUGGCGUACGGCCUCACCACGCCCAUUUCGAUUGCCAUCGGAAUCGGGCUGCGGACGACGUAUAACUCGGGAUCCAAGACAGCAAAUAUUGUUCAAGGAGUAUUGGAUGCUGUAUCAGCCGGCAUUCUGAUCUACAGCGGAUUAGUGGAAUUGUUGGCUCGCGAUUUCCUGUUCGACCCCGAUAGGACUAAGCGGCGGUCGCAUCUGCUGGGAAUGAUCUUCUGCGUAUUGCUGGGAGCCGGCAUCAUGGCACUUAUUGGGAAGUGGGCAUGAGAGGGAAGGGAGAGUAAAAGAGUAAGCAAAUACAGUACUUGAUGGUUGUGGUUGUUGAGGGGGAAAGAGUG